UAUAAAUAGGUUGUAGUGCAAAAAAAAAACACUUUUAAUUGUUUUUUUUUUCUGUUAUCGUUGAAGUGUAUCACAAUGAAGGCCACAGCACCUUUAUUAUUAUUAUUCGCCGGCCUUGUUAUUGCCGAAAAUUAUAAAUUAAACCCUGAUAUCACCACCGAAAAAUUACAACCCAUAAAAGUGACCGACGAAGUUUUACCAGCCAUCUCGUGGAAUCUUUUCAAGGAAAUUCUUCUUUUGACGGGACAGCUGGAAGAUGGACAUAUACAAGCAGAUGUUACGGAGUAUGCUAAAAAAGUGUUAGAAUACGUUCAAACAUUCAUUGUAAAGAAAGGUUUGGAACCUUUAGUGUUAUCGGAUCAAAAAAUCAAGUUAGUUCCAACUGGUACCUGUACUUUAACUAAUGGAACACUCAACAAUUUGUCUUCUAUAUCACUUUCGGACUCAGUUAUUGUUAAAUAUAGCCAUAACGGCGAGAUAAUGGAGGUUACUUUGCCGCUAGCAUUUGAAUCGCUUUCGAUCGACUACAAGUACCGCACAAAAAUUACUCUGCUAUCCGUUAAAGGGGGCGUCCAGGCCAAAAUUAAAAACGUCAAGCUGAAUCUUCACUUGGGUUUCAACUUUACUAGUUUUUAUGCGUUUGUAGACAAGGCUGAUGUAAGAGAUUCGGGGUCAAUUUCGCUGGAAUUUUCUGGACAAGGGAUUGCGGACUGGGUUAUUGAUCUUUUAGCUGGCGUACUUACCACUUUGUUCCAUGGUAUUAUUUUGAAUGUAGUUAAUGAUAUUAUUGACACUCCAGUUGAAGGUGUCGUUGACUCCAUUAAUAAUCUUAUUGAUACUUUGUUGCUGCGUAAUACCUCAAUUUAUUAAUACAGAAUAUAUGUUAUGGUAAAUAAAUAAGUCUUAAAUUAUGACACAUUAAAAUAUUAAUAUAUUACUUGGAAAUAUAAAUAAUUUAAGUUAAU